AUGCAUGUCAUGAACAUGCACAUUCUGAUGCACUGCUGGUAUAUUGAAAUGGCAAAAGAAAGACAUGGAAGUGUCAAAACCACUAUCGUUAAUACCCAGGGCAUUCAGGAAUAUAUCAGCAAGAUAACGUCGAAAGAAGAGCUGUUGAAAGGAUGCCUGAAGCAGAAAUCAGAGGAAGAUCAAGCAGAUGAAAUGCCAUGGCAAAGCAUUGUGCCAUCGAUAGAUACUUCGAUAGAUAUUUACGAUAACCAUCGUUGA